GAACAAGCGCUAACCAGGAAGCUCGUCGCCAGCGCUGUUUACAGUCUGUUCAACAUCACUUCGAGCUUUCUGUAAUUGGAUUUAAUUGCGUCUCAGCAGUCAGUACUCGGUUUAUAUCAGUUAUAAACCACUUUCUUUGCGACAUGUCAGAGUCCGGCCACAGUCAGCCCGGCAUGUAUGGGCAGGGACGCAGAAGGAGACGACGUCGGGGAGAAAGAGAUGGACCUCCGGGACAAAAUCUGUCCGGACCCAGUCGAGAUCGGGAAUAUCAACCGAGAGAACGAAGGGAUGGGAGCGAGGAUCCUCCAGGCCCUCUCAUUCAGAAGACGCCUAUUAUCCUUGCAAAGCCUCCAGCGGAGAGGGCCAAACCAUCACAGAAUGCACCCGCCAGUGGAGCUCCAGUCCUGGAAAAGCCCAUCAUGCUAAUGAAAGCCAGGGAUGAUGCAGGGAAGCCGGGGACAUUGCCAGAGGCAGCAGCCCAGUCUGCUGGUCCUGGUCCCUCUAAGAUGGAGAAGGAGGGUCAACGGCCUACUCAACCUGUGUACCAGAUCCAAAACCGAGGAAUGGGUCCAUCUGCUUCUGGCAGUGUUGUUGAUCCCAUGGUUGGUCAGUCUAAACUCCUUCAUCCAGAGAAAAUGAAGCACAGCAUCAAGCUUGUGGAUGAUCAGAUGAACUGGUGUGACAGUGCCAUGGAGUAUUUGAGGGACCAGACAGACAUGUUGGUGGUGGGAGUGAUUGGGCUGCAGGGAACCGGGAAAUCUACAAUUAUGUCGCUGUUGUCUGCCAACACGCCGGAGGAAGACCAAAGGAGCUACGUGUUCCGAGCCCAGACUCAAGAAAUCAAGGAAAGAGGAGGAAAUCAGAGCACAGGUAUUGAUUUCUUCAUCACACAGGAGAGAGUCAUCUUCUUGGACACACAGCCGAUGCUUAGCCCAUCUAUCCUGGACCACGUCAUCAACAACGAUCGAAAGUUGCCUCCAGAGUACAACCUUCCUCAUACUUAUGUGGAGAUGCAGUGUCUUCAGAUCGCCGCCUUCCUGUUUACAGUGUGCCAUGUAGUGAUAGUGGUACAGGACUGGUUCACCGACUUAAACAUUUACAGAUUUCUUCAAACUGCUGAGAUGCUGAAACCUUCCACUCCGUCUGCGAGCCACGACAGCACCGGCUCUUCAGGCAGCGAUGACGGAGCAGAGUACUACCCUCAUAUAGUUUUUGUCCAGAAUAAAGCCAGACGGGAGGAUUUCUGUCCAAGAAAUCUGAAGAACAUGUAUAUGGUGGUGGACAAACUAAUGGCACACUCUCAUCUUAAAUACAAAGGAACGUUGUCCAUAUUGGACAGCAACAUCUUCCCAGGCCUCGGACAGGAAUACCUGGAUCCUGAAGUCAACAUGUUUCUGCUUCCAGUCCAGGAAAAYGAUCGAGAAGAGAAUCUGAACAAAGCAGGCUCAGGGACGUACCCGCUGUUCUCUCUACUGCCGGGGUACAGAGGACACCCCACCUUUUCCACCAUGAUCUCCAAACUGCGCAGCCAAAUGCUCGCCAUGCCCCGCUGUCAGCUGUCACACACCAUUCUCACUGAGAAAAACUGGUUUCAUUAUGCAGCUCGAAUCUGGGAUGGUGUGAAAAAGUCCUCUGCACUCUCUGAGUACAGUCGCCUCCUCAGUUAGCAUCUUGGUUGAAACUUUGUUCAAACAGCAGCAUUUCACAUCUAAAUGUUACAGUAACAGAACAAGAAUAUUUGCCACUUAAAGGACACGUUGAAACAAAAUUCAAGGGUAAUUCCUGUGUUUUUUUUUUCAACAUUCGCUCUAUUGGAAAAGUUGUAAAAGUUUGCCAUUAUAAAACCUGAUGCCUUUUGAACAGUGUUGAAGAGUUGAGAGUAAAAGUUAAGAAAAUCAGCUUUUUGUGUGUAAAAAUAUGUUUGAAAAAUGUUUAUUUGUUAAAACAUUGUGAAGAAAACAUCUAAACACUAUGUGCACCUCAUGGUUUGAGAUGUAAGGUGUUUCUAAGUUAUGUCCUCUUAUUUGUAAAAGUAUGUUUUUUUGUCAUUUUAUAAUAAAAUGAAAAAAAAAUGA